CUCCGCCUUGUUCACACCUCACACGCAGCGCAGCGCAGGCCUCGACCAUGUGGCGCGCGGCCGCCUCCCGCCUCCGCGCGCAUUGCCCGCCCGGCUCGCCCCACGCGCUCCGACGCCUCUACUCGCCGCCGCCGCAGCCGCCGCGGGUGGACCCGCCGGUGACGGCGUCCGAGGCGCGGCGGCUGGUGCGGCUCGUCGGGGUCGAGGCGCUGAAGCGGCGGCUGCGGGACGGGCCACGCGAGGCGAUCGGCUACGGGGAGCUCCUCGACGCGUGCGUGGAGGCCGGGGCGGCGCGCACCCGCGAUGACGCGGAGGGCCUCGCGCGGGCCAUGGACGACGCCGGCGUCCUGCUGCUCUUCAGGGACAAGGCCUACCUCCACCCCGAGAAGGUGGUGGACCUGGUGAGAAGAGCGGUGCCGCUGGCCCUCGAGGUGGAGGACGACCCAAGGAGAGAGGAGCUGAGGCAGCUCCAGGAGAAGAAGGACGGCAUCGACAAGCUGGCGCACAAGCAGGUCCGGCGCAUCCUCUGGUCCGGCCUGGGGUUGAUCAUGUCCCAGAUCGGCCUCUUCUUCCGCCUCACCUUCUGGGAGCUCUCGUGGGACGUGAUGGAGCCCAUCGCCUUCUUCACCACCGCGUCCGGCCUGCUCGUCAGCUACACCUACUUCCUCGUGACAUCGAGGGACCCGACGUACCAGGACUUCAUGGAGAGGCUCUUCCUGUCCAGGAGGAGGAAGCUCUGCGCCAAGCACAGGUUCGACAUGGACAGGUACCUGGAGCUGCACAGGCAUUGCAAGUGCCCUCUCGAAGGCCACUAUCCUCAUGGCCCCAAGCUUCACAACUUGUAACGCCAGGGCUAGAGUUUCCCAGCUGGACUCUCUGGAUUGGGCAAUAGGCACAUAUGUAGCUUCCGAAGUGUUCGCUACAUCUUUGCAGAAGUCACCAGUUACCUGCUAGAUUAAUCUUACAGACAUACUAAAGGCUAAUCUCAGUGAUGUGCCACUGUCAUUAUGCCAUUAUGGUUCUCUAUGUUUGAAGUUGAAAGCUA